AUGGUGCAAGCCCAGUAUCUCGUGAUGGUGGCUGCCGCCACUCUGUUCGCAAGUGCUGAUGGACUUCAGGUGGUCCCCAAUUCGGCCAAAUCCACCUCACUACGCGCACCCGCUGAAGAGCGCUACCAGCCUUACGUGGAAGGCAAGACUGAUCGGUUCCUGAUUAGCGAGGCUAAAAAUGACGCCGCCACGGAGGCCCCGACUGGCUACGUGUUAUCGACGCUCCAGGAAGACGACGACGACAUGCUGCAGCAAGAUGAUGAUGAUGAGUAUGAAGACGAGAGCGAUAGCUUUUCUGGCGAUGGUUCGAGCAGCGAGGAAAGAGCCAGGAGAAGGAGGAAAAGAAGGAAGAAAAAGAAACACAAAGAAACGGAAACUCCAACGCCGACCCCAACUCUUGAGCCGAAUGCGACGGCCACUCCUUCGCCGGCACAGCAGGUAUGUUAG